AAUGAUGAUGAUGGAUUAUAGAUAUGGUCAGAUGAUCUGAAGUUCGUGGUGCGGGGAAAAUUCUGCGAUAGUAAAUGGACGACGAAGGCGUGUUAACGACUUUAAAGAUUCUUAUUAUUGGUGAGAGUAACGUCGGAAAGUCAAGUUUGUUGCUACGGUUCACUGAUGACGUUUUUGAUCCAGGACUGGCAGCUACUAUAGGAGUGGAUUUCAAGGUUAAGACUGUUAGCAUUGAUGGCAACAGGGCAAAGUUAGCCAUAUGGGACACCGCUGGAUCAGAACGGUUUCGCACACUGACACCAAGUUAUUAUCGUGGUGCACAAGGCGCAAUACUUGUAUAUGAUGUUACCAAUCAGUCAUCGUUCCAAAAGCUCAACCACUGGCUUACAGAGCUUGAAACGUACUGCACACGUCCAAAUGUCGUGAAGAUGCUGGUCGGCAACAAAAUAGACAAGCAGGAAAACCGUGUGGUGACCAAAGAAGAUGGCAUGAGCUAUGCCCGCAAGCAUUCCAUGCUCUUCAUCGAAGCUAGUGCAAAGACUAAAGAUGGAGUGCAGUGUGCCUUUGAAGAGCUCGUAGAAAAAAUCAUCCAAACUCCAGGACUCUGGGAAAACCGAAGACAGGACAACAUCAGGAUUGGCCAAGGGGACGGGGAAACAAAGCACGCAGGCUGGUGCCGCUGUUGACACUCUGUAUAAGCCUCCCGAGAAGAUAUACUGUAUAUAGACACACUUGCGCUUUGCCUACACAUUAUUUUAUGAUGUUCAUUGCACAGAAAGGGCAUUUUUUUACACUCCUGUAGAAGCAAUUCAACGUCCAGUAAGCCUACCUCUGUAAUUUAAGAUUUUGAAGUUUCCUAUAUAAAAUUUAGGUUUCACACUCGA